AUCCAAGGCGUGGCAUUAACAACGCGGGAACUGGCGGGUUCUGUUACUUUUGUUUCGAGUCGAACGUGUUGCAACCCGCUUAACUGAUUCCUUUUAUUUAUCGUGUGAUAAUCCUGAUGGGCUCCCGCUCCAAGUUGUUCCUGGCGAAACACGUUGGCGGCAACGUUACAAAGUUGCAGAUUUAUUCACAAAAGUUCAGUUAGUUCGCAUUCUAACGUUAGCUCGUAUUUGAGGCAGCUACUGCUGUUAGCUAACGUUUUUCUUUGUUUUAAAAAAAUACAGCGGUUUGUAUUAGAUGAUAGCUCUCUAGCUAGCUAACCAAAACAGAACUUGUGUGACAUGGAAUCAUUUCAGAAAGUGGAAAAGAUUGGAGAAGGGACGUACGGAGUGGUGUACAAGGCAAAGAACAAAGUCACUGGAGAGACCGUUGCCCUCAAAAAAAUCAGACUAGACACGGAAACAGAGGGAGUACCAAGCACUGCCAUCCGAGAGAUAUCACUCCUCAAAGAGCUCAGCCACCCAAAUAUUGUUGAGCUCCGUGAUGUCAUCCACACAGAAAACAAACUGUACCUGGUUUUUGAGUUCCUACAUCAGGACCUCAAGAAGUUCAUGGACUCCUCCUCUGUCUCUGGUAUCGCUUUGCCACUUGUCAAGAGUUACCUGUUCCAGCUGCUACAGGGCCUGGCCUUCUGUCACUCCCACAGGGUUCUCCAUCGGGACCUGAAGCCCCAGAACUUGCUCAUCAAUGCCCAGGGGGAGAUCAAGCUUGCUGACUUCGGCCUGGCUAGGGCCUUCGGGGUGCCUGUCCGCACCUACACUCAUGAGGUGGUAACUCUAUGGUACCGAGCUCCAGAAAUUCUCUUGGGCUGCAAAUACUACUCUACAGCUGUUGACAUCUGGAGUUUGGGGUGCAUCUUUGCUGAAAUGAUCACUAGGAGGGCCUUGUUUCCAGGUGACUCCGAGAUCGAUCAGCUGUUCCGAAUCUUCCGUACCCUGGGUACUCCGGAUGAGGCGGCCUGGCCAGGAGUCACCUCCAUGCCUGACUACAAGCCCUCCUUCCCAAAGUGGGCCCGGCAGGAGCUGUCCAAAGUGGUGCCUCCUCUAGAUGACGACGGGAGAGAGCUUCUUGGGCAAAUGCUGGCCUAUGACCCAAACAAGAGGAUAUCUGCAAAAAAUGCCCUUGUCCAUCGGUUCUUCCGUGACGUCACCAUGCCAAUGCCACACCUACGACUCUGAGACAUGCAGACUGACAGGGACAAUACAUAGCGCAGGGUCUUUCCAUGAGAGACCUCUGAGCAUAAGGACUGCCCCAGCUCUUAUCCACACCUGAAUAGUACAGUCCAGAAGAUUGGAGAGAUCACAGGGAAAUAUGGGUGCCAUUCCAAAAAUCAUUCCAGCAGCUAAAACCAGCGUUUUAUAAAUUAGAUGUCCUGUGAGUUUCUUUUCUUUUUUCUUUACAGCUAUGAGUGCUUGUUAUGGAGUGGAGAAUGGAUUGGAAAAUUCCAGUUUCAGCAUUAGAUUUGUAUUGAAGGGGUUGUGUUUAGAUUUUAUCAAACUUGUUAUGCCAAUUUUAUAAAUGUUUAAUGAUUAUACAUAAAGAUAAACUUGUUCCAAAUCUUC